GGCCUCCUCGCCGUCCCAACGGAUAAGAUCGGCCGGCCGGCACGCCGAAAAGAUGCCGGCGCGUCACUAUUAUAUCACUCAUCCCGAGAGCCGUACCGUCCCUAUCCAUCAUCUCCGUGCCCAAUCCACAGCGCAGGAGUGAGGAGCUACCGAGCUAUAUAGCUAGCUAGCUUGCGAGUGCGAGCCCGCGUGAAGCAGAUCACACCAAGAGUCCAAGAGAGUAGCCGAUGGCGGUGGUGAGCGGCAACGGCAGCGGCGGGAGGCUGAACCCGUGGGCGGAGCCGUUCGUGCCUUCCGGGGUGCGGUACCGCGGCCUGCAGACGGCGGCGGCGGAGCAGGAGGUGGACGACUUCUCCCCCGAGUGGUGGCGCCUGGUCGCGUCCUCACCGGCCUUCCGCGACCGCUGGCUCAGCGACUACGGCGCCCUCGGCCUGCUCGACGCCGACGAGGACGCGGAGGUCGUCGACAGCUUCCUCCCCGCCGACCUCUUCUCCCCACCGCCGCCGCGCCAAGAGAGCGAGCGGGAGGAAAGCGCGGCCGGCAAGAGGGGCGGCGCAGGCCUUGAGGUGGCGGCGUGGGGGAUCGACAAGUGGUGGCGCGCGCACGCCGGGCCGCCGGAGGCCCCGAGGUACGCGGAGAAGGCGCCGCGGAGGGUGGCCGGCGGCGCCCGGGUGAGCCCCCGGCCCAUCCAGCAGCCUCGCUGAAGGACCGAUACAGUGCAUGUGCAUCCUGAUCUUGGCGCAGGAAAAUAGGCACACAAAAAAAUAGUUGUUUCCCCCCUUCCAAAUUUCCAAUCUUUUGCUUUGGUGUUAGCCUUGCGUUGUUUUGGUUUAGCUCGAGAUCGAACUGGAAGAUCCACUGCGCUGCACUCGUCCCUGUGGUGUAAAUAUGAUGAUGUAAUAAAUUCAGUGAGACUAGCUUUCAGCUUUGAGUUUCA